CAUAAGAAUUCGCACAUCAAACCUUGAGAUGAACAUACUACGUUAUUCUAACUUUACAUCACCAGACCAUCAAUGCACUGCACGUGAGUUAAAAUACAUCAAUGGUGAAGAGGGCAAAAGCGUCAAGCCGUCAAGUGAAAUAUGUUAGAACAUUUUCUAUUACAAUUGCAAAUUGGAUCUCAUCAUCAUCAUGGCAGUGUCUGAAGUGGGAAACAAGCAGGUUAUAUUCAAAGGAUACAUAGAUGGAAUUCCUAAAGAGACAGAUAUGGAACUCAAUUUUUCAAAUAAUAUUCAAUUCAAUCAACAACUUCCAUCACAAGCUCUUCUUGUCAAAAAUCUUUAUCUCUCAUGUGAUCCAUAUAUGCGUGGUCGUAUGCGUGAUUUUCAUGGAUCUUAUAUUCCUCCUUUUCUUCCUUCUAAGGCGCUUGAAGGAUUUGGUGUAUCUAAAGUAAUACAAUCUGAUAAUCCAAAUUUCAAGGCUGGUCAUUACAUUUCUGGGUUUACUGGCUGGGAGGAAUACAGCAUCAUCACUAAAACAGACCAGUUGCGAAAAAUUGAGCCUGAUGAUCACAUUCCUCUUUCCUUCCAUCUCGGUCUUCUAGGAAUGCCGGGAUUUACGGCAUAUGCUGGAUUUUAUGAGGUGUGCUCUCCCAAAAGUGGAGAAUAUGUUUUUGUUUCAGCAGCAUCAGGUGCUGUGGGUCAACUUGUUGGUCAACUUGCUAAAUUGCAUGGUUGCUAUGUUGUUGGAAGUGCCGGCUCAAAAGAAAAGGUUGAACUUCUAAAGAGUAAACUUGGAUUCGACGAAGCUUUUAACUAUAAGGAAGAAUUAGACUUGGAUGCAGCUCUAAAAAGGUAUUUUCCCGAAGGCAUUGACAUUUAUUUUGAUAAUGUGGGCGGUGACAUGCUUGAUGCGGCCCUCCUUAACAUGAAGAUUCAUGGCAGAAUUGCAGUUUGUGGGAUGAUUUCUCAGCAAAGCAUUUCUGAUCCUAAAGGGAUUCACAAUUUAUCCUCUCUCAUUUAUAAGCGCAUAAGAAUGCAGGGUUUUUUGCAAAGCGAUUACUUGAACUUGUACCCAAAAUUCUUGGAACAGGUUUCAAGUUUCUACAAACAAGGAAAGAUUGUGUAUUUUGAAGACAUGAAUGAAGGCUUGGAAAGUGCUCCAGCUGCUUUUGUUGGACUUUUCCUCGGAAAAAACGUUGGUAAGCAAGUCAUUCGUGUUGCACAUGAAUGAUGUUCACCAUAUCAGAUGUUCACCUUGUGUUGUAAAAUGUAUCAUAGUUCCAAAUCGACGUGGUCAUGGUUGCAAUUUUGCAAACUUUGAUAUUGGAAGAAAAUGUAAACAAAUACAUCCGAUGCGGCUACAGUUUUGCAGUUGUAGACCAUAAUUUAGAACUAUAAAAUAAAACAUAUGACACAUUUCAAUAUCUUUGGACAUAUUUGAACUGCGGCAUGGCCUUAUCGUGUUAUGUUUAUUCUAUGACAGAAAAUGUUGAUUUUUCAA